UCCGCUCGCACCAGCACCGCCACCACCGCCACCGCCACCACCGACACCGCCACCGCCACCGCCGGCACCAUGACCGUCACACGGCUCGACCAGGGACAGCGCUACCGCCCGCGCAUGGCCUUCCUCAAAAAGAUUGAAGCUCUCAUGAUGGAGAUGCAGAGCCCAGACACAGGAAUCAAGACACAGACCCAGCCAGUGAUGGUCACCAGCAUCCCCCACGCUGUCACAGGUAAUGAUAUCAUGCAGUGGAUCCUUCAGCGCUUGAAAAUCACUGCAGAAGAGGCACUCCACCUGGGAGACCUGUUUGUGAAAUAUGGAUAUAUCUACCCUCUCCAGGAGCCAAAGAACCUCACCCUGAGGGCAGAUGGCAGCCUCUACAGGUUUCAAACCCCUUAUUUCUGGCCAGUGCAGGGCUGGGCUGCUGAUGACACUGACUAUGCAAUUUAUCUAGCAAAGAAGAACAUUAAAAGGAAAGGGGUUUUGGAAGAAUAUGAAAAGGAACAUUACAACAUGCUCAAUCAGAAAAUAAACUACAAGUGGGAUUUUGUCAUUAUGCAGGCCAAGGAGCAGUAUAAGGCAGGGAAGGAGCGGAAGAAGGAGGACAGGUACGCCCUGGACUGCCAGGAGAGAGCCUACUGGCUUGUGAACAGAACUCCUCCAGGCAUGCUGAGCGCCCUCGAGUACGGAAUAGACCGAGUCACAGACCCCAAUGAAAAUAAGAAAAAUACAAUGGAAUUCUACAGGAGAGAGAUCAUGUACUAUCAGCAGGCCAUCCUGAAGACCAGAGUGAAAUCUUCUGUCUCUCUUGGAGGGGUUGUGAAGUACUCUGAGCAGUUCCUCUCCAAUGAUCCCAUCCUGUCUGGAUGUCUCCCCAGCAACCCUUGGAUAUCAGAUGACCCUGACUUUUGGGACCUCAAUGCAAAGCUGGUGGAGGUGCCCACCAGGAUGCGCGUGGAGCGAUGGGCCUUCAACUUCAGCGAGCUGAUCCGGGACCCCAAGGGCCGCCAGAACUUCCAGCUCUUCCUGAAGAAGGAGUUCAGCGGAGAGAAUCUGGGUUUCUGGGAAGCCUGUGAGGAUCUCAAGUAUGGAGACCAAUCCAAGGUCAAAGAAAAAGCAGAAGAAAUCUACAAGCUGUUCCUGGCUCCGGGAGCGAGGCGCUGGAUUAACAUCGAUGGCAAAACAAUGGGCAUCACAGUCAAGGGCCUGGAGCACCCUCAUCGAUAUGUUCUGGAUGCUGCUCAGACCCACAUCUACAUGCUGAUGAAAAAGGACUCCUAUGGCCGCUAUUUAAAGUCUCCAAUAUACAAGGAAAUGCUGGCCAAGGCUGUUGUGCCACAAGAGGGUGUCAAAAAAAGCACGGGUCUGUUCGGACGCCGCCACCUGCGCUCCAGCCCCAGCCCCAUCGUCCUGAGGCAGCAGGAGGAAGAGGCCAAGGCCAGGGAAGCCGCCAACACCGUGGACAUCACGCAGGUCAUGAGCAAGCUGGAUCGCAGGAACCAGCUGCAGAAGGAAGCUCCUCCCAAGUAGGCUCUGAGCCCCGCAGGGAAAAGACAAGGCGAGGCCGGGCUGAGCUUCGCCUCCCCUUCCUGAAGGUGUCAGUGCUGCUUUAGCUUUCCCGGGCCGGCUCUGGGCCCUGCCAGCUCCCGCACGUUGCCAUGGCUGCUGGAGAGCAGAUGUCCCUGCCCGGGCAGUGCCGGGCUGUGUGCCAGGCUCGGGGGCAGCACCCUGCACACGCAGGAGGGGAGGUGCCCCCACAGCCCCGGGAGGCUGCAGAGCCCGGCUGCCCGUGCCUGCUGCUCCAGGGCAGGGCAGAGCUGUGCCCCAGUGGGCUCAGACCAGCCUGCCUUGGCCCUAAGGGGAUGAGCCUGCGGGGAGCAGGGCGAGGUGACCCAGCCCAGAGAGUCCCUGCUCCUCCAUCCCAUGGGGGGCUCUGCGCCCUCCCAGGGAACCCCCUGAGAGGAGCCCCCACACCCCCACUCCAAGAGUCCUGCACCACAGGCACAGGAGCUGCUUGUGGGAGCAGCAGCAGGAGCAUUUCUGAAGGUUUAGCUGCCCUUCUGAAUUUGAAUGACACUCCCACAUCCCCUGGCACGCUGGAGAUGAUCAGCUCUGCUCUGCUCUCCCUGUGACUCCUGUGCUGUGAGCUGGGUGUGCAGGUGCAGAGAGCUGCCCCUUGCCAGAGCCAAGAGAGGUUUUAUCCAGUCCUUCCCACCUCUUGUCUUGUCUUUUUCCUGCUCUUCUAUUUUCUGUUGUUAAAAAUCCAACAGGAGGUAGCUG